UUCAUACUCUAUUGAAACUUGAAAAAUUAUUGGUGAGCAAAGGAUGGUUACAUCCAUCUAAAGAAAUGACAUCAUUGGAGGCACUUGCUAUGUUUCUUUGGAGUUGCGCACAUAGUGAAACUAAUCGAAAUGUUCAAAAUAAAUUUGAAAAAUCAGGAGAGACGGUAAGUAGAAAGUUUGGGGAAGUUUUGGAUAGUUUAUGUUUAUUAGCAAAGGAAAUUGUAAGGCCUCCGGAUUUUAAAUUUACUGAAAUUCCAUCCAAAAUAAAAAAUGAUCGUAGGUAUUGGCCUCAUUUUGAAGGAUGCAUUGGUGCAAUCAAUGGAACGCAUAUCCCUGCCAUUGUUCUCACUAAAGAUCACAUUCGUUAUAUUGGUAGAAAGGGAUAUCCAACCCAAAAUGUCAUGUUGGUGUGCAAUUUAGACAUGUUAUUCACUUUUGUUGUUGUUGGUUGGCCUGGUACUGCACAUGACACUCGUAUUCUUUCAUGUGUGAUUGAAGAAAUGAAAAGUGUGUUCCCUCAUCCUCCUGAAGGAAAGUAUUAUCUUGUUGAUGCUGGAUAUACAAACAUGAAAGGAUAUCUAUCACCAUUCAAAGGUGAAAGAUAUCAUAUUCUUGAUUUUAGAGAUGAGAGUCAAGUAGAAGGAAUGCAUGAAGUAUUCAACCAUGCACAUUCUUCAUUGAGAAAUGUCAUUGAAAGAACAAUUGGAGUUUGGAAGAAACGCUGGCAUAUACCAUGUGAUAUGAGACCAUUUUCACUCAUUAAACAACAUAAGUUCAUAGUUGCAACAACAACACUCCAUAAUUUUAUUCGGAUGUAUGGUGUUGAAGAUGAGGAAUUUAAUAAAAAUGAUGAUAUCUAUGAAUAUAUGAUUGGUCGUGAAGAAGAAAUAAAUAUAAAUGAAAAUGUGGGUUUAUAUAAUCCAAAAAGAGUACAAGAUGAAGGCUACAUGAAUCGAAUUAGAAACCAAAUAGACCUUGCAUUGAUGGAAACUAGAAAUGUAUGA